GCCUGCGAGCGGCUGGCGAUGCUGGAGGUUUGCGAGCCGAAGCGGCUGCAUCUGGCGCCGCGUCUGCACCGCGUGCCCGGAGCGGAUUCUGCCCGCCGGCCCCCCCCCCCCCCCGAGCCCUCGGCGCCCCGCUGAGCCCGCGAUCGCUUCCUCCGUGUGAUCGACUGACGCUGCAGGUGCAGACCGGGCUUAGAGCCUGGCAAUGCCGUUUGGGUGUGUAACUCUGGGCGACAAGAAGAACUAUAACCAGCCAUCGGAGGUGACUGACAGAUAUGAUUUGGGACAGGUCAUCAAGACUGAGGAGUUCUGUGAAAUCUUCCGGGCCAAGGACAAGACAACAGGCAAGCUGCACACCUGCAAGAAGUUCCAGAAGCGGGAUGGCCGCAAGGUGCGGAAGGCAGCCAAGAACGAGAUAGGCAUCCUCAAGAUGGUAAAGCAUCCCAAUAUCCUGCAACUGGUUGAUGUGUUUGUGACCCGCAAAGAGUACUUCAUCUUCCUGGAGCUGGCCACGGGGAGGGAGGUGUUUGACUGGAUCCUGGACCAGGGCUACUACUCGGAGCGAGACACGAGCAACGUGGUGCGGCAGGUCCUGGAGGCUGUGGCCUACUUGCACUCACUCAAGAUUGUGCACAGGAACCUCAAGCUGGAGAACCUGGUGUACUACAACCGGCUGAAGAAUUCAAAGAUCGUCAUCAGUGACUUCCACCUGGCUAAGCUAGAGAAUGGCCUCAUCAAGGAGCCCUGUGGGACCCCUGAGUAUCUGGCCCCAGAGGUGGUAGGCCGGCAGCGGUAUGGACGCCCUGUGGACUGCUGGGCCAUUGGAGUCAUCAUGUACAUCCUGCUUUCAGGCAACCCACCCUUCUAUGAGGAGGUGGAAGAAGACGACUAUGAGAACCAUGAUAAGAAUCUCUUCCGCAAGAUCCUGGCUGGCGACUAUGAGUUUGACUCUCCUUACUGGGAUGAUAUUUCACAGGCAGCCAAAGACCUGGUCACAAGGCUGAUGGAAGUGGAGCAGGACCAGCGGAUCACAGCAGAAGAGGCCAUCUCUCAUGAGUGGAUUUCUGGCAAUGCUGCUUCCGAUAAGAAUAUCAAGGAUGGUGUCUGUGCCCAGAUUGAAAAGAACUUUGCCAGGGCCAAGUGGAAGAAGGCUGUCCGAGUGACAACCCUUAUGAAACGGCUCCGGGCGCCAGAGCAGUCCAGCACAGCUGCAGCCCAGUCUGCCUCAGCCACAGACGUUGCCACCCCUGGGGCUGCAGGUGGAGCCACAGCUGUAGCUGCCCCAGCCACAGAGGGUGAUGCUGCUCAUGCUGCAAAGAGUGAUAAUGUGGCCUCUGCAGACCGUAGUGCCACCCCAGCCACCGAUGGCAGUGUCACCCCAGCCACCGAUGGCAGUGCCACCCCAGCCACUGAUGGGAGCAUUACCCCAGCCACUGAUGGGAGCGUCACUCCGGCCACUGACAGGAGUGCUACUCCAGCCACUGAUGGGAGAGCCACACCAGCCACAGAAGAGAGCACUGUGCUCACCACCCAAAGCAGUGCCACACCAGCCGCCAAUGUAGCUGUCAUUCCUGAACCGGCUGUGGCACAGCCGGACAGCACAGCCCCAGAGGGCACUACAGGCCAGGUUCCACCCUCUAGUAAAGAAGAGGCUGCUGGAUAUGCCCAGGAGUCUCAGAGGGAGGAGAUCAGCUGAGUAGGCAGCCUGGUGGGGUGGGCGGGGGACGGGCAGGAGGGUGGGAGAGUGGAUGAGGGGCUUCUCACUGUACAUAGAGUCACUGGCAUGAUGCCCUCGCUCCCCCACACACCCACAUCCCAGUGGGGCAUACCUGGGGGCCACGGGAGAGUAGUCUUGUCUCCUGUGUGUAUGUGCGUGAAUGGUGGGCAGGCCAGAGGCAGGGCCGGCCCCAGCCCCUGCAUGGAUUUCUUGUGGCUUUUCUGUCUUGCUAGCUUCACCAGUUUCUGUUCCUUGUGGGAUGCUGCUCUAGGGAUACUCAGGGGGUCCCUGUUCUCCUUCCCUUUUCCUUCUUGCUUCACCAUUUCCCCGGGCAGGUCUUGCAGGUCCCAUACUCUCCCAGGCCCUAAACUUGGGUGGCCUUGCCCUGAGAGCUGGUCCUCCAGCGAGGCCCUGUCAGCGGUCUUAGGCUCCUGCACUUGAAGAUGUGUGCCUGUGGUGGGGGGGCUGCUCUAGGAGUGGAACACAGGCUGGUACAGAGGAUGUAGAAAUCUAGGGCAGUAUUAAGUCAAGACUGGUCACAUGGCUGGGGGCAUUGCUUGCUAGCUGUGGGGGUCCUCAAGAAGAGGAAGAGAAUGAAUAGGAAAGUAGACAUUUCCACCUUUGUCCCUGGGAAGUCCCUCCUAAGACCCUCAUGUUAUUUCCUGCCCUCCUGAUUCCCACAGUGUGUUGCCUUGUACGUUGAAACUUAUGAACCUCAAAGGGAAAGGAGGAGCAAUGAGGAUGUGGCAAUGAGACUUGGGAGGGCAGAGUAGAGACCCAGCACCCAGUGCUCCAGCCUAUCUGGGUCCUUACCCUGGGCCAAACAGGGAGGGCUGCUAUCCUCUUGCUCUUCCUAUAUGACCACCUCCCACAGGCUUAGCCCAUAAGUCCUCUCCAUUCCAGGAGGCCUGCAGCAUGGCAGUACCCCAUAGUCUGAUUGGGGAUUUGCCCUUCAUAGGGGUAGAUUUUGUAUUCCCAGUUCAACAACAAAAUGGAGAGGAACUCCCUCUAUUUCUACAGCUUACUUCUAUCAGAGGCCCAGGUGCCUCUGAGCCACACUGAGUUGCUUUUGCUGGGAUGAGGAAGUAGGAUAAGACUCCCCAGUUCCCUGAGGGAGGCUCCUGACAGGCACCCUUUGUCAGACCCCACCACAGCCUGGACUGGCAGCCACACUGGUCCUCGCCCUUGCUCGGCACUUCGUGGUGGUCCUGCCCUUCUCCCUGCAUGCCUGUGGGUCUGCUCUGGUAUAUGAAGGUUGGUGGGCUAACUGUGCCUGCUGAACCUGGCAAAUAAAUGUCACCCUGCAAAGCC